AUGGCAAAUAAACAAAAUUACUACGAAUUGUAUAGAAAAUCAACUAUCGGUGAAGCAUUAACAGAUACUUUGGAGGAAUUAUUAAUCAAUCAAUAUAUUUCAAACUCUUUAUAUCAAAAGAUUUUAACACAAUUCGAUAAAACUAUCAAUGAAGCACUUUCAAAUACAGUAAAAGCAAAAACUACAUUUAAGGGAAGUCUUCAUACUUAUAGAUUUUGUGAUAGUGUUUGGACAUUUAUUUUAGAAAAUGCACAAUUUAAAACAGAAGCAAAUGAAAUUGUCAAGGUUGAUAGAGUUAAAAUUGUAGCUUGUGAUGCCAACGUUCAAGAUGCUCCUCCACCAAAAUAA